UGGCUUCAUUAAGGUAUUAACGAAUAUCUUCCACGGGAUACUUUUUUCUUUCACUGUACGAAAUUAUUGUAUCUGCGACGUUUGCUCCAACCCCGGCUUUUUCCACACCUUGCACUACGUAACUUUGCAACUACCCAAGUAAGAAUGUCUGGUGAACGCGGAUCAGGUGUUGGUAAGGGUGGUGGAGGUGGUGGUAGUAUUCGCGAAGCUGGUGGAUCCUUUGGCAAAAUGGAAGCUGCCCACGAGGAUCAAUAUUUUUAUAAUCAGCAAAAGGAACAACUUCAAAAGCUGAAAGAAGAUCUACACGACGAGAUCUCCUUCCACGAGGAACAAAUCAAGCGUCAUCAAGAAGCUAUAAACCGUCACAAAUCAAGAAUGACAGAUAUGAAUGAAAAAUGAACUGAUUUUUGCCGGUGCAAUAUUCCUAAUUUUUCAAGAAGUGUGAAGUUGCCCUUUAUAACUAUAUAAUAUCAUGCAUUGCAGAUAGUAAAGAUGGUAGAAUCAUCGUGUCUGUAUUCCUUUUUUCUUUCUUUUGUUA